GUUUAAACUGGCCCACCCCCGGGCUCCUCAUCACGAACUUCCCCCCCUCCCAUCAUUUUUGUCCUUCAACCGGAACUUACGAGACAUCUCCUCUCACAUCGUUCUUGCACUACAGCAUGGCUGACGCUUUGAAAGCAGAGGGCAACAAGGCCUUCUCUGCCAAGGAUUAUCCUACUGCUAUUUUUCGCAGGCCAUUGAAGUCGAGCCUACCAACCACAUCCUUUACUCCAACCGCUCCGCUGUAUAUUCCGCACAACAAGAAUACCAGAAGGCUCUCGAGGAUGCCGACAAGGCCACAGAACUGAAGGCCGAUUGGUCCAAGGGCUGGAUCCGCAAGGGUGCCGC